UAUAUUAAAUAUUGAAAAUGAAGAUCAAUAAGUUUGACACUGAUACUUACUCAUACUUAAUUCUUGGAGUCAUCCUUGGCAUCAUUCUCUAUAAAUUCUUUAAUUACAUAACUGGAGGUGUUGAUUAUGAAGUACAUGCAAAUGAUGGGCCUGAAGAGGAAGUUGCAUUAGAUAAUCUUAAAAUGGUUCUAGUUGUCCGUACUGAUCUUAAAAUGCAGAAAGGGAAAAUUGGAGCCCAAUGUGGCCAUGCUACUCUGGGAGCGUAUGAGAAAGCCAAAGCAAAGAAAGCAAAGUAUUGGAAAAAGUGAUUGUAUGACUGGGAAGUGUAUGCUCAAGCAAAGGUUUGUCUCAAAGUUGAUUCUGAGGAAGCUUUAGUAAAUAUCCAUAAACAAGCCAAGAAGAGCAAUUUGCCUACCUAUCUAGUUACAGAUGCUGGUAGGACACAAAUUGCUGCAGGCUCUAAAACAGUCGUAGGAAUAGGCCCAGCUCCUUCUGAACUAAUCGAUAAGAUCACUGGUGACUUAAAACUCCUCUAAACCCAUAUCAAAAUUAUCCAAUAAAAAUAUGA